AUGGACACUAACACCCCAUUGUUGCCUCAGAGCGCAAGAACGCAGAAGCGCUCUGCUUUGCAAGCUGUCUGGAGAGACAUCAAGAUUGUGUUUCGCUCGUCUCCAGUCAACUACUUGGCGGUUUUCGUGCCACUAGGGCUGUUUUUCGGGUAUAGCCACUUCUCUGACACCUGGGUCUUCCUCUUGAACUUCAUCGCUAUCAUCCCCUUGGCCGCCAUGCUGGCAUACGCCACGGAAGAACUCGCUGACAAGGCGGGGUCGACCUUGGGAGGCCUGCUGAACGCCACCCUGGGCAACGCCGUUGAACUCAUCGUCUCUAUCAUCGCGCUGUCCAAGGGCCAGGUCACUAUCGUGCAAGCCUCAAUGCUGGGUAGUAUCCUGUCCAACCUUCUAUUGGUCGUAGGAUUUUGCUUCGUCGCCGGAGGCUACAACAGAGAGUUCCAAAGGUUCAACCAGACAGCUGCUCAGACAAUGUCCUCGCUGCUUGCGAUCUCGUGCGCUUCACUGCUGAUCCCAGCUGCUUUCAGACUGUCGCUGCCUGACAACAACAAGAGACAGGACCUUCUGAUCAAUGAGAAGCUCCUUGAGCUGUCCCGCGGUACCUCUAUUGUUCUACUGAUUGUCUACGUACUCUUCUUGUGGUUCCAGCUGAAGACCCAUCAUCACCUCUUUGAGCAGCGUGAGGUCGAAACUGACAGAACAGUGGACCAGCACACUAAGGGCUCAAAGCUCUCCAUCAAGUCAUCAUUGGCAUUUUUGGCUGGCACGACUGUACUCGUCUCACUCUGCGCUGAUUUCCUAGUGGGCAGCAUUGACAAUGUGGUUGCUUCUUCCGGCUUGUCCAAGACUUUCAUUGGUCUGAUCAUUAUUCCCAUUGUCGGAAACGCUGCUGAGCAUGUCACCGCAGUCAUUGUCGCCAGGAAGGACAAGAUGGAUCUUGCGCUGGGCGUUGCGAUUGGUUCGUCUCUACAAAUCUCACUCUUUGUCACCCCCUUCAUGGUGCUUGUCGGGUGGGCUAUCGGUGUGCCAAUGAGCUUGUCAUUCUCUCCUUUCGAGACAACCACCCUAUUCAUUGCGGUCUUCCUCUCGAAUUACUUGUUGCAAGACGGUGAAUCCCACUGGCUCGAGGGUGCCAUGAGCAUUGUCACCUACGUUUUGAUCGCUAUGGCGUUCUACUACCUUCCUGAUGAGAAUACCAUGGGCUCUUUGAUAUUCUCUACUUGA